AUGGCAGGAACAACCAGCGGGUCCUCCCAUCAAAGUCCCGUCUCUUCUCCAUCUCAGUCCCGACACCGAGCGUCCGCCGCCUCUGUCAGUGGCGCUGCCCAGGGCGCCGCCUCAUCCUCCACUGGCACGACCCUCUCCUCCACCGGCGCGACCCCUUCUUCCACCGGCGCGACCCGUUCUUCCACCGGCGCGACCCCUUCCCCCACCGGUGCGACCCCUUCUUCCACCGGCGCGACCCCUCCCUCCACCGGCGCGACCCCCUCCUCCACCGGUGCGAUCCCCUCCUCCACCGGCGCGACCCCUUCCUCCACUGGCGCGACCCCUUCCUCCACUGGUGCGACCACUUCCUCCACCGGCGCAACCCCCUCCUUCACCGGCGCGACCACCUCCUCCACCGGUGCGAUCUCCUCCCUCAAUGGAGCGACACCCUCCUCCUCGCAGGCCACCGCCGCCGUCCCCAAAGGCGACCGGCGGCCCUCCGUCUCCUCCAGCGGACGCGUCGGCAGCGGCGUCUCGUCGUCGUCGACGGCGCCUCCUCUGGCGCCGACGGCGUCGGGGAGGUCGACCAGCGCCGUGCCCGCCGGCACGGUCGCCUCUGGCCUCGCAAGUCGCAUCUCGGCGCUCGGCGGCCCCGCCCGAGAGAGCCUGCAAGCAAUGCUCGCUGGCAGCGCCACCGUGCAGAAGAGCCUGCAGGCGAUGCUGUCGCAGACCGGCGGUGUGCAGGGCGCGCCGUCCGGUAGCCGGCGCAGCGUCACGCCGGUGCCGUCCGGCGGCACCAAGCCAACGCUGCUGUCGUCCACCGGGGCGAUCCGGUCGCGGCAGGGUGUUACGGCCGCCGGCGUCGCAAGCGGAAGCAGGGCUACCGGCGAGAGCGUGGGGGGAGUGAAGGAGGAGACGGAGGAGGCGUCAUCUGAAGAGAUCGCGAUGACUGAUGGCGGGGUGGGCGGCACCAUCGGCUCCGGUUCAUCGCCUUCAGCCGCCACGACCGCUCCCAACGACGGCUCUCACGUGCCAGUCGGAGAAUCCGGUGUCUUCACGCCCUCCGCUAUGCCUUUCGCACCUGAGGCCGAACGCGCCGGAUCCCCCGACAGCGGAGGCUCGCGGCCGUCCAUCUCCUCCGGUGCGCCGCACAUCCUGGCGGCGUCGACGCCGGCGCCGGAGUCUCGCCGCUCCUCCUCCUAUCUCUACAAGGACUGGGACGCCACAUUGUACGAGCAGACGCCGCGGCCGGCGCCGGGCGAGGCGCACUGGUCGCGCGACAGCAGCCCGCACGCGCCGUUCGACAUGGAGAAGUGCCGCAGCGACACGCGCGACCAGUUCGGCAGGCGCGUCACCCUCCACCACUGCUUCAUCGAGCCGCAGUUCACGCUGCGUGAACAGUGGCAGCGGCUGGAGGAAGAGAGUGAGAAACUGGAGGAGGACAAAGCGCAGCUGCAGGAGAAACGGUGGCGCCUGGAGGAGCUGGAGGAGUGGUGGGACACCGAGGGCCUGUUCAUACUGCAGCAAAACGAGCUGCGCAUGCGCGAGGAGAGUCUGAUCAAUACGGCAAUUGAGGAGGAAUGUCUGAGGAUUGAAGAAGAGAAGAGGCGACUGGAACAAGAGUGGCGGUUCCUCCGGGAGAGGAUGGAGCGGCAGGCGGUAGAAGACACGCGCAUCAAGGAGGAGGCGCAUCAGCUGGAGGAGAAGCAGGAGGAGGUGGUGGAGAACGAGGAGUUCGAGAAGAGGAAGGUCGAUGAAAUGCGUGCCGUGUUUGACAGCGAAAGAAGAAUGAUGGAGCGAGACCGACAGAGACUCGUGGACGAAAUCAUCAGUAACCAGAUAUACCACGUCCCCGUGGAGGAUAUGACGCCACUGGAUCGCUCGCCCUCUGGCGGCAUCAUCUCACCGCCCGGCUCGCGACGCUCGAGCCUGCGCGGCGCUGACAUCACGCAGAGACGCGUCUCCUUCCGCGAGAGCGCCACCGUCCAGCAGCCCCCCACCUCAGACAGCAGCGACGACGAACGCGCCUGCGCGUCGCGGCAGCGCGGUCUGCUCCCGCCCCGAAAGCGGCACGGCUACAGUGGCAACCUGCUGUAG